GUCGACGUGUUCGCCGACCUGGACCCCGAGGACGAGGCCGAGGCAAUCAGGAUGUGCGACGAGUUCGGCCAGGACCUGGAGCCGAGCUACACGUCGCCAGUGAGUCAGAACGCUUCAAAUCCCACGACGGUGCGCCUCGAGCCGUCCGUGGGUUCAUCGUCGCGCGUAAGUUUUGCAAACUCUGGCGAAAGCAUCUUCGACCCCACCCGGCGUCAGAUCGCAAGACCCACCCCGGCGCUCCUCGAACCGACGGUGGGCACUGGCAGUCAGAACGCACGCCUCAACAUCGACACCGACGGGCGUCAGAUCGCAAGUCCCACCUCGGCGCUCCUCGAACCGAUGGUGGGCACUGGCAGUCAGAACGCACGCCACACCUUCGACACCGUCGGGCGUCAGAAUGCAAGACCCCCCUCGGUGCUCCUCGAGCCGACGGGGGGCUCAGCGUCGCCACAGCGCCACAUCAACACCGACGGGAGUCAGAGCGCAAAUCCCGCUACGGCACCGCCGUGGGUGGGUUCAACGUCGCCACGGCUCGAAACUAGAGGCGAAGACACGACCGAGAUGGGAGAGCUCUGGGAGAUGAUGGAAAUGGCUGCUGAGGCACCCGUGGAGAAAGAGGCCCCAGAGUACAUCACCAAGUGCGCCGCGUAUCAAGCGACCACGCAAGCCUCCAGGGACCUCAGCCUGAGUUUCUCCUCCAUCAUGAACACGAUGGAGCACUUCUACUGCAUGGCUUACCGCAUCGACCCCCUGGACCGAGCGAAGUACUGCGGCAGAGGUGACCCGAGAGCAUUCACCAUGCGCAAAGGCAAAGAGAAGCACGAGAGGAGAGAGCGGUAUGCAAACCGCAGAGCUGACUGGUGGAGCAGAGCCGAGAACACCCUGUCCUUGCUGGCGAGGCUGCGCAAGAAGAACAGGGACGUGAGGCAGCAGCUGCACUUAGAGGCCGCAGGCAGACACCUUGCCUACGACGGCCUCCCGAACACCAGCGACCAGGCAUCGGACACGGCGAAGCUACACCGAGAGAUCUGGAGAGCGAGGCUGACAGACUUAAGCAAGGUCGACACCGACGUGAUCCUUGGCAUGGCGCAGCAGGCGGAGCAGGAGAAGCGGCUCGCACUCAAGAGGGACCUCCAAGAGAAUACGCGGGCCUUCGGACAGUGGCUUGCGCUGGCUGAAAAAGACGUCGGCGUGCUGCACCGCAUCGCGAAGCCACCGCCCAGGCGCGAGGAGGAGGUUGUUACUCAUGAUGGGGUACUGGACUGCCCCACCAAGAUAGUCGACGAGAAAGCGAAGGCGUUCCAGGACAUCUGGAAGUGCGACCGACUCAAGCACGAGCAGCACACCGAA